AUGAGUGGGGAUCACCAGGCUUCCAGGCAAGACCCCACCUCCGCCUUCCUGCCUGCCUUGCCUUGCCUUCACUGCCCUGGCCUACCCACUCGACGCGAGAAGAACUUUGGAGAUCCAAACGCUCAGCCGCCGACCCCUCUACAGACACCCACUUCUGCCGUCUUUCCUAGUCCUGUAUUUCAGACGCCCAAGGCCCGACAAGACUCUUUCAACGACUCGAACGGCUGGACGCCUCGCUUUGCCGAGGAGUACUCCGUCUUCAACACCACACCGGGCAAUCUUCAAGGCCCCUUUGGCGACUUUCACGGCGCCAGCCUCGCCUCCUGCCCCCCUUCGCUCGGACACAAGCGCCAGCUUUCUGCUGGCGGUGUGGCUGCCGAGAUAGCAACGCAUGUCAACCACUUCUCCGCGAACCCCAACCUCCCGCUACCACCCGUCGACCCAGCCAGGAGGCUCCCCUCUUCCCCUGGCCUGAUCAAGCCGCAAGAGUACUCGGAACAGCACCAGCCCGCAGCGAGUUCACAAACAACUCAAAAACCGAGAUCGACGAAGAAAGCCAAGAAGAAGGCUGGCGUGGAAGAGGUUGAAGGCCAGACCGCCACACCUCCGCCUUCCGCCCACAAGGGAGGGCGGAAGCUCGCUUUCAGCCUCAAAAGGGACAAUAUGCAGAACGAUCAGGGCUACGGCCAUCCGGACUUCGCCACGACCGGAGCGCCUCAACAGCAGACCAUGUCUUUCGCAUCAACUUCGGACAUGUUCGACUAUCCAAUGUCCGCACCGGUAGCGCCGAAUGCGAGUUUUUGGGAUCCUUCGGCGGACAUGGCGGGCAUGGAUUUGGAUUUUGCGAGCUUCGGCACCGGUGUGUUCGGAACGCCCAUAUCCUCGCACAGGCAGCUGGGGUCUUUCGAUGCCACACAAAUGUUUUUGGACAACCCUUCGAUACUGCAGAACCAGCAGCAACACCAACACCACCCCCAGCAACAAAAUCGACAAGGCCAGGAUCACCGUCAAUCAAUCCGGAGGGACAGGCCGCUGGCUCCCAAGCAGGCCAUGCCGAGAGGUGGAACGCUGACCUCCAGUGCUAGCAUGCCAUUACACUCGUACUCAGGGAGCCUUGACGACCCGUUUGGCAUCAUCAGCCCUAGUGGUGUUGGUGUUGACCCAGGUCUACUCUUCAGCCGACCUCAGUCCUCAGACAUGGACGCAAGCUUUGGCGUGAACCAGACCGAAUCUCUCUCGCAUUUCUCCAUGGCCGAUGUUGCCCAGACUCUUUCCACGGCACCUAUGCGGCAAGAUAUGCGUCGAUCGGCCAGUACAAGGGAAAUAUUGCCUAAUCAAGGACCCGACCGUGCUUCAGCGAGUUCGCCCAACAAGAUCGCAGGCCGCCCUGGAGGUCUGCAAAGGAGCUUCAGCGAGAAUCGAGGACGGCGACAAUUGCCGGUUUUGGCGCCAGCCAUACGCCCGACGCCCGCCCAACCCGCGGCCACCGGCUCGAACAGACCACCAAGCGUUCGAUCCUCGGGGAGGAUAUCACCAUUAAAAAGCCAUACUCGUCUAUCCAGUCUCACCUCGAUCCCCGAAACAGCACCGCCACGAACCAGGACGUCCGUCAAGUUCACCAUCGACUCCAAGGGUCGAGCACGUGCAGAAACAACCAUGAUAGUAGAGGAGCCUGGCACGGCAGGUCCGGCACGGAGGAGACCGUCGCACGAGAUGCCACGCCGAGAACGAAGUUUUGAAUCCGAAGAUGAGGACUCCUCAACCGAUGACGAGCCAAUCAUCAUCCCGAGCCGUAAUGCAUCAUUUGCCUUGCCCGACCCUCAUAAACCCAUUGCAUCUGGGUUCAACACGUCGCAUCGUAGUGUCAGCGAACGGAAUCUGGCUAGCUUCGCGAGGCUGAGCAGCGACGCUUUCGGCCAGGAUCCAGAGAGUGACGCUGAAACUGUGAUGAACGACUCACAACGCGGUGGACGAACGGCGGACACGAGCGGUGACGCGGCAAGCGAGCUGCGGCGCGUGGUCGAGAGCCGACAGAAGCUGGGCACCCAGAUGCCCGGCAGCGCGCAGCGGUCUCACCGAUUCAGCACGGGGAGCUUCCCAGCGCACACCGGCUCACCGUCGAAGGGAUCAGAGCGAGGUUUCCCCACACCAUCGACGGACGCCGGCAGCCGUGCUGUUCGAUGCGUCUGCAACCGAAACGGCGAUGGAGAGGGGUUCAUGGUUCAGUGGUAA